AUGGGAGUCUUAGUCAAGCCCGAUCCUAUAUUCCCAUGCCCUGGUGCAAAAGUGUCUGGAGUAUUAAAAUAUCUUGGCGAAGAUAGUGCUAUUUGGUCGGUAAGGAAAAAAAUAAAGUCAUUUUGAUUUACGGUUAAAAAAUAUAUAUUACUAAAAACCAUUUACAGCUUUUACAUAACUAAUAUAAUAUAUGACAUUAUAUCACCAAACAAAUUUUAUCCGUUCGUAUUUAACCAUAUAUAUAAAGUUUUUUUGUUGUUAUUGAAAACAAGUCUAUAAUUUCGUAUUUCCAGGACGUAGCAAUAGUGAAUUCAGCUGGGUAUGCCAUCUCAACUCAAUGUGUUUGUAUCAUGUACCGGUUUGCGGUACUACAAGAUGAUCCUCGAUUUCUCGAGCUGAUGCUUUCUGGUACUGCAUGGUUUAUUGGGUACUUUAUUUCAGCACUAGUAACAUUUUUGACCGUUUGGAUGUUUAAAAAGGUUCAGGCUCCUCAAAGUGUAGGUAUUGAUAUCAAAAUCAAAAAAAAAAUUUUCGAAAUUUUGAAAUUUUUUUUUAAUUUUAAAUUUAAAUUUUUUAUUUUUUAAUGUUACUAAAUGUCAUAACUUACGUUCCAGACAAUCCCAACCAAGAUAUCUGAGAUGAUAAAGCAAUUUCCAGACAUGGAGAUACCCAAAGUAGAAGGCAAUUACUUUAUUUACAUGGAUUACGAUAGUGAAUAUUCAGUAUACGCUGGAGCCUUGAUUUUUAUUGGGUUUAUUGCGGCUGAGUUCUUAUCAAUUACUUCGGUUUAUCUUAUUCUAAAGCAGUUAGAAGUCAAGAAAGCCAGCUUUAGUCAAGCUACCUAUAAACUUCAUCGACAACUUACUAUCGCUUUAGGAGUUCAGGUAAGAGAAAGUUUGUUUAAUGAGUAUGUUCUAAUGCUGGCAACGGUACUGCUUCUAAUCUUGGUCUUGGUUUUGUUACUAGUAUUGGUACGCGUCUGUCUUAAUUCAAGGUUAAUCUUGGAAAUGGUGCUGGUACUUAUACUGGUACGACUACGAGUUGGCUUUGGUACUCGUCUAAUUACUAG